GCGCCGAGCGAUGGCAGAUCGGGCGGAAUCGGCGGACGAGCGGGCGCUACGUCGUGAGCUACAGGAGCUUACUAAAAAGCGAGAGGCACUCGAUAACUCCAAACGUCGUAGAAGUGGGACAUCAAAAGGUGUAGCAGGUCGACGUAGUGUGUUUGCGCGCCUUGGUGACGAGACCGCACGUUCAGGAGGUGCAGGCCGACACGCUGUGCAGCUUAAGGAAAACAACAGUCGGGGCGAUGCCUCGCGAAGACUUGGGAAGCGUGGCAGCGAGGACAAUCAGCAGAGCAGCGCUGUAAAGAGACAGAGGCUCCAUUCUGCAGUGGCCAGACCGGAGGGUGGUCAUCAUGACGAGAGAGCGGAGGAGACGAGCAGGAGUUCCACCUCAGCUGUUUCUCCCUCUACGAACAACGCACGUACACAGGAGCGGAAGCAACGUGCAGUGGCGCCGUAUGCACAGAAGGACGGUAUCGCACGUAGCAGACGCAUGUUUGGGGCGCUAAUGGGACAUCUAGGCAAGGCCAAGCGGCAGAUUGAGAAGGAUACCGACUUGUUUAAGCGCCAGGACACGAAGCAGCAUGAAGCCGAGCAGAGGGAGAAGAAGCAGAGUCAGAAUCUUGAAAUCCAGGCACGCUAUGAAGCUGAGGUAGCUCGACUGGAGGCGUCAAUAGCUCGCACUGAGUUGGAUCGCAGUGAGCAGAUUACUCGCGCCAAGUUGGAGCACUUGCAGAUGCUGCGGAAAAGCGCGAGUCAGUCGAAAUUUCUGGUUACCAUCGCGUCUCCACCGAUCUAUUAUCUCCCAGCAAAACACACGAAGGAGACGAAGGAGUUGGUUGCUGCGUCCAUGGAAGCUCAUGAAGCCAAGAUGAAGGCGAGUGUACAGACCCACGAGGAGAAGCUGCGAAAGCUGGAAGCGGAGUUUGCAACGAAGCUAGAGAAGCUGCGUGAAGAGCUAGACGAUGUUCACAAGGCUGACAAGGAGAAGGCUGCGGAGAAACGAGUGAAGAAGGAGGACGCGGAGGGUGAUGAGAGCAUGGAAAAUGUCAGUAGAGAGCCCGAGGAGGACCACAAGGAGGCACAGCAAAGUGGCGAGGAGAUGUCCGACAGCUCACCGGAAGAUUCUGCUAUGGAGGAUGGAGAAAGGAGGAGUGAUGGUGGAGAGACGAAUGACACGGCUGUUGACACGAAGAGUGAUUGUAAAGAAGAAAGCGGCCCUUCUCCACGCAAUACGGUGAACGGUUCUAAUGUGGCUCAGAAAGCUUCAUCUCCCAGUCGGGAUGAGAAAACGGUAGAGCAGGUACAGGAGGAGCCACAGAGCCCGAAGCAGAAUGACGAGGCUGCCGAUGGUGCGAAGCUGGAAAUCAAUGACGUGGAGACUGAAGCGACUGUGGCGCCGAAAGAGGACGCGGUCCUCGAAGUCGACAAGAUGAAGGUGACCGAGCUGCGAGCAGAGCUGAAGAAGCGCGGCCUCGGCACCAAAGGGCUCAAGGCGAAACUCGUGCAGCGACUCAAGCAGGCGAUGCGUGAAGAUGACGAAGCCAUGUAG